AUGUUACAUGUGUGUAAGUUCUCCUUACCGCCAAAACUUAAUAUGAUCAUACCAAUAAAAAAAGAUGGAGAAAUUGAAGAAUGGGCUAUUAUUGAAUUACAAGGUGAUUUAAAAUUUCAAUCUGUGGAUAUCACAAAUAAAUAUAUCGGAGAUUUGCAUUUUUCAAAAUCUGGUACGCCUAUACUUAUAAUUGGGAUUCAUGUAUUACAUGGAAAAGAAAUGGAACUUCCAAAACCAUUUGCAGUUUUAACUAAAAAAAGUAAUGAAAUAAUUGAUAAUACUGGUACUUCUGAGAAAAAAACGGAAUAUAUUGUUACAGCAAUCGUAAAAAAAAAAUUAAUUUUUAAAUCAAGACCAAAACCUAUCAUAACAAAUGUUCCAAAAGGUAAUUAAACAUAAUAAAAAAAAAUGAUAUCUAAAUGAAAUAAUUGUUUUUAUAGACUUUGUAUAAAUUAAAUGUUAUAAUUAUUGAUAAAUAAAUUUACAUGUAUUUAAAAAA